GUGCGAUGUGUCGGCUCUGUUGUAUUUUGCAUCGCAUUCCAUGUUUCGCGAUAUUGUAAAUCGCAUAUUACGAAACGUACGUGCCGUGACGAUAAAAGAUUUCACACCGGGGUGAUUUAUUCGCUGACAAAUUGAUUCGAACCUGUGCGAGACAUUGGACAGGAGAAAACGAGGAAAAUAGUGAAACUUCGCGCAGUACGCGUGUGAGCGGCUAGAGGGCAACACGAAUCGAUUACCACUUUGCUAAUGGCUUAUUUCACUUAACACGCCUUUCCGAGGCGAUCAGGUUUCGCUGCUACUGGUUGUGUGGCAAGUAGGUUUCCAACGUUCAAAGAGGUCGACAGGGAAGAAUGAAGCUCCAAGGCCCGUACUGGUGAAGAGAGAUCGGUUUGCAUGCCAAUUCGCGAUCCGCUGUCCGCGUCAACUCGUAGACUGUCACCAGAAGCUAUUGGUCCUCCAAUAUCCUGGAGGCCAGUGGUGUCAGUGACACCAGAGAAUAAUACGAGCUGCUAGUGUAAAGAAGCGUAGUAGAGUUGGCUUAGGCCAACGUCGGUGGACGAAGCAAAAUGGCAACAAUAGAUGGCCGACCGGCCCAAUAUGGUAUCACUCUCAAGCAACUUCGUGAGCUUAUGGAGCUCCGAGGACGUGAAGGUGUCAAUAAAAUCAAUAGCUAUGGUGGUGUGCAGGAGAUUUGUAAAAAAUUAUAUACUUCACCCAGUGAAGGUCUCAGUGGAUCAGCGGCAGAUAUCCAACACAGACGUGACACAUUUGGUUCGAAUUCAAUACCACCAAAACCACCAAAAACUUUUCUACAGUUAGUGUGGGAAGCUUUGCAAGAUGUGACGUUAAUCAUCUUGGAAGUAGCAGCUUUGGUUUCGUUAGGUCUUAGUUUUUAUCAUCCUGCAGAUGAAGAGGAAAAUUCAGCAAUGGAAGAUGAUGAAGCAAAAUAUGGUUGGAUUGAAGGACUUGCUAUAUUAAUUUCUGUGAUUGUGGUGGUAUUAGUAACAGCUUUCAAUGAUUAUUCUAAGGAAAGACAAUUUAGGGGCCUCCAAAGUCGGAUAGAAGGGGAACAUAAAUUCUCGGUCAUUCGGCAAGGGGAAGUCAAACAGAUCUCUGUGUCCGACAUAGUCGUUGGUGAUAUAUGUCAGAUAAAGUAUGGAGACCUGCUGCCAGCAGAUGGUGUUCUUAUACAAAGCAACGAUCUCAAAGUGGAUGAAUCCAGUUUAACUGGAGAGUCGGACCAUGUUAAAAAGGGGGAAUCAUUUGAUCCUAUGGUACUCUCAGGUACACACGUGAUGGAGGGUUCUGGAAAAAUGUUAGUAACUGCAGUAGGUGUUAACUCACAGGCUGGUAUUAUCUUUACUUUGUUGGGUGCUGCCGUUGAUCACCAAGAACAAGAAAUUAAGAAGAUGAAGAAGGAGGCUAAGAAGCAGCGGAAGAAGAAGUCAUUAACAGGAGAUGAAGCUGCAGAAAUAACCGGAAACAGCCAUGUAAGUGGAGGAGGGGGCAAACACGAGGGCGGGGAGAACCACCAGCCAGCCAGCCAAGGGGGUGGAGGUGAAGGAAAGAAGGAGAAAAGUGUUCUCCAAGCCAAGCUAACUAAACUCGCCAUACAAAUCGGUUACGCCGGCUCGACCAUAGCAGUGCUUACCGUUGUCAUUCUAGUCAUUCAGUUCUGCGUAAAAACGUUUGUCAUAGAUGGGAAAACUUGGAAAAAUAAAUUUGCUGGUGAUCUAGUACGACAUUUGAUCAUUGGUGUAACGGUACUUGUAGUCGCCGUUCCCGAAGGUCUUCCUCUAGCUGUCACCUUGUCUCUCGCUUAUUCCGUUAAGAAAAUGAUGAAAGACAACAACUUGGUACGUCACUUGGACGCUUGCGAAACGAUGGGCAACGCUACUGCAAUUUGUUCGGACAAGACUGGUACCCUGACAACCAAUCGGAUGACCGUCGUUAAUUCGUACAUAUGCGAGAAGAUGAGCAAGACGAUUCCAAAGUUCUCGGACAUACCGAGCCACAUUGGAAACUAUAUAAUACAAGCUGUCUCUAUUAAUUCGGCGUACACAUCCAGAAUAAUGCCCUCGCAAGACCCUACAGAGUUGCCGCUUCAAGUCGGCAAUAAAACCGAAUGUGCCUUACUUGGAUUCGUAGUAGCCCUGGGCAUGAACUAUCAGACGAUACGAGACGAUCAACCUGAGGAAACCUUCACGCGGGUGUACACGUUCAAUAGCGUUAGGAAGAGCAUGUCUACCGUCGUUCCGAGGAAAGGUGGUGGAUAUAGGCUUUUCACCAAGGGCGCUUCCGAGAUCAUCAUGAAGAAAUGUGCCUUUAUAUAUGGUCGCGAUGGUCAUUUGGAGAAAUUUACCAAAGAGAUGCAAGACCGUCUGGUAAAGAACGUAAUCGAACCAAUGGCGUGCGACGGGCUUCGUACCAUCUCCGUUGCUUAUCGCGACUUCGUUCCUGGCAAGGCAGAGAUCAAUCAAGUUCACAUCGACAACGAUCCGAAUUGGGACGACGAGGAGAAUGUGGUGAACAACCUGACGUGUCUUUGCAUUGUCGGUAUCGAGGAUCCGGUUCGUCCCGAGGUGCCAGACGCGAUCAGGAAGUGUCAGAAAGCGGGCAUAACCGUGCGAAUGGUGACGGGAGACAAUAUUAAUACCGCACGAUCGAUCGCUCUGAAAUGCGGGAUCUUUAAGCCGAACGAGGACUUCCUUAUACUCGAGGGCAAAGAGUUCAACAAGAGGAUCAGGGACAGCAACGGCGAGGUGCAGCAACACCUUUUGGACAAAGUGUGGCCGAAAUUGAGAGUACUGGCCAGAUCGUCGCCCACGGAUAAGUACACGCUCGUGAAAGGCAUAAUAGACAGUAAAUCGAGCGUGAGCCGCGAGGUCGUCGCUGUAACCGGCGACGGAACGAACGACGGUCCUGCUCUGAAGAAGGCGGAUGUCGGUUUCGCCAUGGGUAUCGCCGGUACCGAUGUCGCCAAAGAAGCUUCCGAUAUCAUUUUAACGGACGAUAAUUUCUCCUCGAUCGUGAAAGCAGUUAUGUGGGGUAGAAACGUCUACGAUAGUAUAGCGAAGUUCUUGCAGUUUCAGCUGACUGUCAAUGUCGUCGCUGUUAUAGUUGCUUUUAUCGGAGCAUGUGCAGUGCAAGAUUCUCCCCUUAAAGCGGUGCAGAUGUUGUGGGUGAACCUAAUCAUGGACACAUUAGCGUCUCUCGCUUUGGCCACCGAAUUGCCUACGCCUGAUCUUCUUCUUCGCAGACCGUAUGGUCGCACGAAACCACUCAUCUCCAGGACAAUGAUGAAGAACAUCCUUGGUCAAGCAGUCUAUCAGUUGACCGUUAUUUUUAUGCUUCUUUUCGUUGGUGAUAAGAUGCUCGACAUCGAAACAGGCCGAGGGGCAGCACAAACUGGCGGCGGUCCAACGCAGCACUUCACCGUCAUCUUCAACACGUUCGUCAUGAUGACUCUUUUCAACGAAUUUAACGCCAGGAAAAUCCACGGUCAGCGUAAUGUCUUCCAAGGAAUAUUCACCAACCCCAUCUUUUAUUCUAUCUGGAUCGGCACGUGUCUAUCGCAGGUAGUUAUCAUACAAUACGGUAAAAUGGCGUUCAGCACGAAAGCUCUCACUUUAGAACAAUGGAUGUGGUGCCUGUUCUUCGGAGUCGGCACUCUAUUGUGGGGCCAAGUAGUUACGACUAUUCCUACGCGCAAGAUUCCUAAAAUCCUUUCAUGGGGCCGCGGCCAGCCGGAUGAUAUCGGUGCGAUCAAUCUCGGAGAUGAGAAAUUCGACCCCGACUCGGAUAAAAAGCCGCGCAAAGGACAAAUUCUAUGGCUCCGUGGUCUAACACGACUACAGACACAGCUUCGAGUAAUCAGAGCGUUCAAGUCGACUCUGGAAGAUUUGGAGGAGCGUCGCUCUGUCCAUAGUUUACACAGCUUACACAGUAUGCGCAGCUCACGCAGCCACACCGGGCCCCGACCACUAUCUGACUUCACAUACAUUGACGAAGACCCGACAAACACCACGCUGAACGCCGGCAGGUUGCCGUACAAGGCCGCCGACCAGAGUCUGGACCAUACGGGAGCCAGGAUGAUGCAGUCGGUGAACAGCUCGACGUCGCCGCUGUUGCUCAGCGUCGGAGGACCGGGCAACGCAUACAACCAUCAUAAUACCAUUAACAACACCACCAAUGACAAUAGAUCCUCGUCCAGUAGCGCCCUAAACCAGGCCACCUUGAGCCCCAACCAUACGCAAAUGCAGAGUAGCAACAGCAGAGACAACACCAUCGGAAACUCCCCGCUUCUCAGCUCCAAUAAUCUGGCCAUCCCGGAAUUGACGAAGCUCGUGCAUGAGACCAGCAUUUAAGGCAGCUUUGCGUGUCGCCACUGUACACCCCCCGACCUACCCCCUUUCUCGUUACUAACCUCCCCAAACUCCUGCGUCUAUCUUUUUCGAACCGCUUUUCGUUUUCUUUUUUAGUUUACUCCUUUGUUGAGCGGCUCGGGAACUCUCUCGAGCGACGAUGAACUUACUGUAUUCGUAGACGGUCUCUGUCUCGUCUCUCUUUGCCUUGCCACCCUAGGCAAGACGUCGUAUUGUUCUCGUCUCUUUUUAAACGCGACUUAUCGAUAGUCCUUCGAAUGAUACUCAGCCAGCGUUCGCGAGCUUUUAGCAAACGCGUCUCUUUAUUAUCUCACGUAUCUUGGGGACGGAUAGUUGAUCGGUCGUACGAGGCCCGUCGGGGUCCACCGACCUUGUCCCACGCCGAGGCCUCUGGACGGUGGUCGCCCCGUUCCGUUUUUUGUACGAGGAAAGGAAACUUUCACAAGCGCCACCGGCGUUUUUUUACUUCUUACACUUUUAAGGCGAUUGUUCGCUCGGCGUCGCGAGGGUUUACACAGUGUACGAGCCCCUUGUUUUAUAAUGCUAUCAACUCUGUCCACGUUGGACGCUGUACAGUAUUUUUCUUUCCCUCUCAGACGGAAGUCCCGGGGGACGUUCGUGUACCAGCCUUUAUCGAGAGGCCGUUUCUUACUCUUCGAACUCUCUUCUUUUCGCGUCGAAACUUGUCGAGAGUAUUUAAAAAUGGAUAAAAAAAAAAAAAGAAAACACGAACUCGUAGACGACGCGUUGGAUGUAUCCGUAUCUAAGUUUCACGGCCGUGGAAGUCGCGCGAUUUUUAAGGCGAUCCGAUACACCCCGAGUGGUCGACCAAAGUUAUUAAACUUCUCAAGUUGUGUACAGUGUUUUGCCGUUCCCUCGAAAUGGAAAAUGGACGAAACCCUCUCGCUUUCUCGUCCUUGUUCUCCCGCCCCGACGUGACUUCAGACUUUCAGAGAAUGCGAUAUUCGAGGUGUCUUCUAUCCGAUUAGUGGGAGAAAGAGAGAGAGCUACUAGUACUUAAACGCUUGUUCGGAAGAUAGAGACCUGUUCAGUCCAUCCGUCCGUUUCACGCGGGCUUCUUCGCGGGGCGGAAACGCUUACGAAUGACGCGUUUGCGCACCAAGUGGCCCCACCCCCCCAACCCCCCCCUUGAUUAUAUUGCUUCUGCGCCAAGGAACCGAGCACAGAAGCUAGCGUGGAUCUUGACUAACCCGAUACGAUGAAUUUUCGAGACAGCCAAGCGAAGAGCAUAUCGUUUCUAUCAGACCUUCGAUGAUCGGAAAAAGGCUUUGGUACUUCUAGGCUAUUCAGGAUUCCUCCAUCCUGUCGUUUGGAUCCUGGUAUCCGAAGAAAAAGGACACGGUUUAAGGAAGGACGCUUCGCGGCGAGUAGGCUGGGAAUUUUGCUGAACAGGUGAAUUAUUCAGAUAUUUAAAGAGUACUUGAUGGUUUAAUAAAGAAUUAUUCGAUCCAUAGGUUCCAUCCGUUUCUUCGUUGAAAGAUUUUCCACGCAGAAACGAGAACGCGAAUUCCGGUAGAAAAUUUAGCAAUCGUUGGUGGUCUUGUCCAGACCCGAGUUUAACGAAGUAGAAGCGGACAGUUUGUUCCAAAGACAAGAUCUGACGUCAAACGGAUGGAGGAACCCUGGAGGCUGCCUUCGUGUCUCGGUAACUUCUUCUCUGCCAACCCAGAGUCUUCGUUCUUUGAUCGCCUCGUUCCAUUUGUACGUCAUACUUUCCUACCUAAUACCCCGAAGUACGUUUUACUUAAGACAUUUUAUAUUCCCGACGCGUGAAUAAGAAAAGGCCUGAUACAGUUUAGCGACACUGUCGUCAGGUAAACGUCGCCUUCGGUUCUUCAGCUUGUCCGUUGCGUCUGCUUCGACGUCCUUUGAGAAAAUUAUCCGAUGAAUCGAGAAUAGUGAGUUUAUGACGUACAUUGGCCGUUCUUAGAAUCUUGAAACAGCUCUUGUCUCAAUAGAGAAUGUACUUACUUUCGUUUCCUUGCUCGAAGGCCUCCGUUCGUCUUCGGAAACGAGCCUUCUCGAACCGAGGAGACCCCAGACGAGGUAUUCAGGGGCCAGCGAAAAAGCAUCGGAGAUUACUGUGACUUAACGCUUCUUGUAUGUAACUGUCAUCCGAAUGUUUGUUGGUCGAGCGUACGCUCGAAAAUAUUGUACAGGGUGUUUGUACAGUCCCGCGUUUCCUUGGGCCACUUGUUGCAGUUUUGUAUGCGUGAUCGAUCAUCGUGGUACCUUCUGUUGUGUUUCGUUAUUGUAGCUAAUGUUUAUGUGCGAAAAUUUCGUUCGGGAGCGUCGAAGUCGCGUACGAUGGAAACUCGAAGCGUGGCUCCAUCGUGUUCAGCUCGAAUACUAAUAUCGAAAUACGAGAUACAGACUAACGGAUUGUUGAUCGCUAUAUUGACUUUGUAUUAUAUGAAUUUACCUGAAUCUGAAUGGAUUAUUUAACAAUUUGUAAGUGUAUUAAACUGAAUUUGUGAGCACACCCGACGUGUACUUUAGUGUAAAUCGUGUAAAGAUUUGAACUUUCAGUUUGCAUGGAAUUUUACGUAAUUAUUAUUCGUCGACCCGAAUAGAUCGAGACUUUAUAAGCACCCUGUACCAUCUUCGAUUCCUUUCAUAUCCGUGUUCGAGAGACAUUUUUUCUUCUGUUGCUCGGUAUCCAGACAAUCGCGAAAUCGGUUGUAGCAAUUGCGAGAUCGACGAUUUCUCAUGCCGUUGGAAAGAAGGGCCUCGCGAGAAGCACAAGUGAACGGCGAUGGCAAAGGACGUACUUAAUCGUGAGAUCAGAUCUCGUCGCUGUCCUCUUCUCCCCCUUAGUAGUUUUUUAUUCUUCGGAGGGGCAAUGAAAUCUUGAUCCAAAGUUUCUUUUCGCGAGAAAAAAUCGACUUACCGCGCGAGGAACUAAGUGACAAAUAGAAAAAUGUUCUUUCUUUUAUAAGGGAUCACUCUUCGUUCGCUUGUACAUAUAAUUCAUGCAGUUUGAGAAAACAGAAGAUCAUAUAUAAAUGUUAUUCGAAUGUCGAUACGUGGCUUUACAACAGUUUCGUAAUAAAAAUAAGACGUACGCGAUUGUUGAAAAAAUACAUACUUCUAAAGACCUUGUGUCCUCUGAGUACACCUUUUCUGGGUCUACAGUUUGCAGGACUUUUAAGUUAGCGAAAUGUUAGAAGAGAGAAGCAUAUUACCGAGAAGAGUCUUAAAGAAAACUAAACGGAAAAAGCAGGUAGCCUAGAUAAAAGGAACCGUAAUGUAUCCGAAAGAGAGUGAUCAAGAUUUCAUCUUUUCAUUAUUUCACAACGACGCGUGUCAUCAUUUUGGCCCUCUUUGCUACCCCACGACGUAUGGUGAACGAGAAACGCGGCACGUACGCUACUCUUUAACACGUUAAACGCCGAGCCAAGUUGAUAUUUCCGUUUACGUCAAACAUGGCGACGCGAUGAGCACUCACCGUGGAGCAACAGUACAUUUAUACCGAGUUAGCUCGAUUCGAUAAUAUAUUUUGUUGCUCGCAAAAAUAAAAGAACGUCAUUAGAAGACGAUUCUUCGAGUCGAAUGUAUUUUCAAUUUACUUAAAAAUGCUGUUAAGUUCUAUAAUUUUCAUUAUCAGAGAAUGAUAAGUUCGAUUGAUCAGUCAUUGUUACGCUAUGUAAGGAAACAGCUUGAUAUCAGACUUAUUAAUAUUCAGACAUUAUAGUAUUUCAUCCAUCAUUGCACUGCACUUCUGUAUCCUCGUUUAAACCAUGUGACUUUCUUCUAUGAUUUUUAGAACACAUAUUUAUUACUGUUUUAUGUAUAGACAUUUUUUUUCAACUGAAAAUAUUAAGAAUUACUUAUACUAUGCGUAGCUAAAUAUGGGUAUACAGGGUGUUCGGCCAACCUUGGGAAAAAUUUAAUGGGAGAUUCUUGAGGACUAAAUAAGACGAAAAUCAAGAAUACUAGUUUGUUGAUGGAGGCUUCGUUAAAA